AUGCUGCGCUGUUCCCUGCCGCUGCAGGUGUCUGGCUGUGACUUUGCGGGGACCGUCGCGGCCAUUCCAGAGGGCACAGAGACCGACCUCAAAGUUGGCGACAGAGUGUAUGGUCUGGCUGAUGGUUGGGCGCCCUGGGCCUCCGACGGCAGCUUUGCCCAGUACACCGUUGUCACCGCCGCCAACGCGGCACGGAUUCCUGAAAAAGUGUCGUAUACCGAUGCCGCUGGGAUCCCCAUCGCGGGGUUGACUGCCUGGCAGGCGCUGGACGUUGCGGGGCUGGAGGCCGGGAGCGGCAAGCGCGUCUUCAUCUCGUCCGGUGCCGGAGGGGUGGGCACCUUUGCCGUCCAGCUCGCCAAGCUCUGGGGCCUGCAUGUCACCACCUCCGCCUCGCCUGCCAAUGCCGACUUCCUCAAGGAACUGGGAGCGGAUGAGGUGUACGACUACCACAAGAAGAACCUGGUGGAGCUGUACAAGAACAACCCAUUCGAUGCCGUGAUCGACAGUCGUGGAGGGAAAGAGCAGUGGGAGCUGCGCAGGGUGCUGAAGCGCCAGGGCGCUCUGGUGGACAUCAUGAACAGCGGGUACCUGCGUGACUACGGCUGGGCCGGCCGCCUCGUCCAGGGUUACAGCUACCUGCGACAGAAGCUGACCGCGGCUGUCCGCCUGGGCCCUUCCAUCACGCCUUUCUUUGUCAAGGCGCAUAGGCAGGACCUGACCCAGCUCGUCGGCUUGGUUGCGGAGGGGAAGGUGAGGGUCGUCAUAGACCGCACGCUCCCUCUUGGCGAGGCUGCAGCAGCCCACGACUACAUGACCAAGGGGCACGCCAAGGGCAAGGUUGUGCUCCUGGUGGAGGAGGACAACUGA